AUGCCAGUCGCGUUCCUCUUCUCGAUCGCAUACCUGGGCCCGCCUCGGGCCGUCACCUUUGGCGCGGAGCUGCUCGCUCCGCGGCCCGCCGCCGAGGCGACGCUCCGCGCCCUGCGGGCUGGCGGCGUGUCGCACCUGGCCGCCGUGAGUGGCGGCGACGGCGAGGGCGCUGCGGCAGCCGCGCUGGUCGCGUGCGGCGCGCUCGACGGCGUCGUGCCGUGCACGCCGUCGGGCGAGCCGGCGGCGCCGCCCGAGGUGCUUCGCGCGGCCGCGAUCGAGCAGUGGGUGCACGUUUGCUCGACGGUGCCUCAGCUGGCGGCUGCGAAGCGUGCGGGCGCGCGGACCGUCUGGCUGAACGAGCGCGCGGCGGGCGACGAGAACUCGCGCGGCUUCGACGGUCCCGCGGGCGAGGCGUCCUCCUACCUCGCGCGCGGCGUCAUCGCCGACCUGGCGGGCGCCGUCUGCGCGCGGCUGGACGAGGUGGAGGCCGCGCUGCAGCGGGCGCAGCAGCGUCACGAGGCCGAGGUUGCGCAGAGGAAGGGCGCGGGCGGCGACGACGACGCCGCCGACGCGCUGGCGAGGCUGCGCGGCUCGCUUCCAGGCGCGCGCGCCGCCGGUGACGGGGCGGGUUCGGACGGGGCGGGCGCCGCGUCUGGGCCCACGGACUGGGAUGCCGUCCUCGCCGCGCCGGGCGACGCGGGCGACGCGGGCGACGCGGGCGACGCCGAUCUGCGAGGAGAGUGCCCCUCCUGCGGCGCAAGGCUGGCCCCGGCGGCGCGCUUCUGCAGCGAGUGCGGACACUCGACCGUGGUGCAGACGGUGAGGCUAUGAGGGUCCACUCGGCGGGUAGGAAGAUGCCACAUCCUGACCCUCAAGUAGCGCGCACUCGAGCCGAGAGGCACAGGCCACGCAACUCUCUUUGUGGGUUUGUUCAUUUUGCAUGGUAGUAUGAAAAAUGAACGAAG